ACCUCCGCAAGAAAACCAAACCGAACCAUCCGCCUCCAACCGCGCUUAAAUGCGUGCCUUUUUUUUUUUUUCUCUCUCUCUCUUCUUGGAGUUGAGUUAAACCCUUCGUCUCGUUUACUCCUCUUACAAAAAGCUAGCUCUACCUUGUCCACUCUCCUCUGCGCUUUACUCACUAGCUAGCUAGCUGCUCCGGCGAGCGAGCGAGCGAGGCGCCGGGAGGGGCGGGGAGGUAGAGUGGCUAGCUGCUACCACCUGGCAAUGCACAUUGCCACUACCUGCGUGUGGCAAGAGAAGGUGGCGGCUACUACUGCGGCGGCCAUGGGCGCCGGUGGGGGAGCGGCAGCGGGGAACUGGAGGGCGGCGGUCGUGGCGCUGCUGGCCGCGGCCGGCGGCGCGCUCAACUGCGUCGUCAGCUUCGUGGUGUUCUCGUUCCUGGACGUGCUGGAUAUGGUGCUGUGCGUGGUGUACAAGCUGGUGGACUACGCGGUGGAGGCGGAGUGGAAGGCGUGUUACUGCUCGGCGGCGGCGCGGGACGGGGCGGCCGGCGGCGCUGCGAUCUUCGUGCCCCCGGCCGCCGCGCCGGGGCCGAAGGUGGUGCGGCUGUCGCCGUCGUCGGCCAAGAUGCAGCUGGAGGACGUCUCCGACACGCUGUACGUGCGGCCGUCGCUGCUGUCGGACGCCACCAAGAAGUCCGGCCCCGCCGCGCCGACGCUCACGGUCAGCCCCGCCAUCGCCGAGCUGAUCCGCGGCAAGAUCGACCGCGCGCCGCGGCCGCCGCGGCACGCGCCCUGCUGGUCCGACUGCGACUGCAAGGUCUGCCACUCCUGGAGCGCCGCCUCCCGCUCCUCCCACCUCUACGUCCACGUCCAAGCCCCGACCACCGCAAGUGGCGCGGAGACAGAGGACGUCGUGUUCAUCCACGGGUUCAUCUCGUCGUCGGUUUUCUGGACGGAGACGGUGUUCCCGGCGUUCAGCUCGGCGGCGCGGGGGAGGUACCGCAUGUUCGCCGUCGACCUGCUGGGGUUCGGCCGGAGCCCGAAGCCGGCGGACUCCCUCUACACGCUCCGGGAGCACGUCGAGAUGAUCGAGCGCUCCGUGCUCCAGCGCUACCGCCUCCGCAAGUUCCACGUCGUCGCCCACUCGCUCGGCUCCGUGCUCGCCCUCGCCCUCGCCGUGAAGUACCCCGACGCCGUCCAGUCCCUCACCCUCCUCGCGCCGCCCUACUUCCCGGUGCCGGAGGAGGAGGCCGGGGCGGCGACGCAGUACGUGAUGCGGCGGGUGGCGCCGCGGCGGGUGUGGCCGCCGAUCGCGUUCGGGGCGUCGAUGGCUUGCUGGUACGAGCACGUCAGCCGGACCAUCUGCCUCACCAUUUGCAGGCACCACCGCACCUGGGACCGCCUCUUCCGGCUCUUCACCCGCAACAGGAUAAGGACGUUCUUGAUCGAGGCGUUCAUGUGCCACACGCACAACGCGGCGUGGCACACGCUGCACAACAUCAUCUGCGGCAGCGCCGGCAAGAUGGACAGCUACCUAGACGUCGUCGCCGGGCAGCUCGCCUGCGAGGUGGCCGUCUUCCACGGCCGGGACGACGAGCUCCUCCCCGUGGAGUGCACCCUCGCCGUCGGCGCCAGGGUGCCCAGGGCGCGCGUCACCGUCUACGACGACAAGGACCACAUCACCAUCAUCAUCGGCCAGGAGAAGCUCUUCGCCGCCGAGCUCGAGGCCAUCUGGCGCCGGAGCUCCGCCGCCGCCGCCGACGGCGAGUAGCUACGCGCAUCAAGCAGCAGCCAUCAUCACCACCACGCACCGUGUACUUACGUACGUUCCUAUACUGAUCAGCAGUGACAGUGCAUGCACAGCAGAGACAGGACCAUGCAAGUUAAUUAAUGGCCGGUAAAUUAAACAUGAACGCAAUAACAACGAUCGAUUGCCCUGCAGAAACAAGACGAAGAUUAUAAUAGAAUAGUAUGAGCAAUUCUACCAUAUAAAUAUAUAUAUUUUUCUCUUUUUUUUCUUGAAGGGAAACCGUAUGCAAUAUAUAUUUCCAGGAGUAAUUACAAUACAUAUACAUAUAUAUAUAGUCGUUUCCUUUCAUUUAUUUUGUUCUUCUUUCUCAGGAGUGGAGUAGUAUAAAAGUGUACUUUGAUUAUACAGCUCUUCUCUGUAUUUAUUGUCAUGAUUGGGCCAACAUGGACGGUACUACUAGCAGCUCCAUUACACUACUGUCAGAACUGUAAUAUAAUAUGGACGUCGAGGCAGAAUUAAUUAAGCUGCAGAAGUUGGUUUCUGACGUGGA